AUGGACGAUCUGGAGUCAUCACCGUUACCCUCUCGUGGGACCAAGCGCAAAGCCGAUGAUAUUCAGCCGCCACGGCGAAUCCGAGCACUGCAUCAAGAUGUCGUGAACAAGAUUGCUGCUGGCGAGAUAAUCGUCGCUCCGGUCCAUGCUUUGAAAGAAUUGAUCGAGAAUGCUGUGGAUGCCGGUUCCACCAGCCUGGAAAUCUUGGUCAAAGAAGGUGGACUGAAACUCCUUCAGAUCACUGACAACGGCUGCGGUAUCAGCAAAGAUGAUCUGGCCAUCUUGUGUGAGCGAUUCACCACAUCGAAGCUCAAAGCCUUUGAGGAUCUGCAGGCAAUCAGCUCCUAUGGGUUUCGCGGAGAAGCUCUUGCCAGUAUCAGCCAUAUCGCCCAUCUUGCCGUGACCACCAAAACGGCAGAUUCCAGCUGCGCGUGGAAAGCUCACUACGCAGGCGGCAAGUUGACGCCUGCGAAGCCUGGCCAGACCGCCGACCCAAGACCAACUGCUGGUAGGCAGGGCACACAGAUAGCCGUUGAAGAUUUGUUCUACAACGUACCUACCCGAAGACGAGCAUUCCGCUCAGCCAGUGAGGAGUACGCCAAAAUCGCCGACCUCGUUGGCAAGUAUGCUAUCCAUUGUAAGGGCGUUGCAUUCUCCUGCAAGAAACACGGCGAGUCGGGCGCAGGAAUUGCAGUUCCCGCCACAGCAAGCGUUCGAGACCGCAUUCGUCUCACCCACAGCACGGCAGUUGCCAACGAUCUCAUCGACCUUUCAGUGGCGAGCGAGCAGUAUGGCUUCAGGUGUGAGGGCCUCGUCAGCAACGCGAAUUACAAUGGCAAGCGUACGAUGCUGUUGCUGUUCAUCAACCACCGUUCCGUGGAUUCAUCUGUCAUCAAGAAAGCCGUCGAACAGACGUACGCCGCCUUCCUGCCCAAAGGUGGCAAGCCAUUCAUCUACCUCAGUCUCGAGAUCGAUCCUGCCCGUGUUGAUGUCAACGUGCAUCCGACAAAGCGCGAAGUAAACUUCUUGAAUGAGGAGGAGAUCGUGGACCUUGUGUGUGACGAGAUACGUUCGAAGCUUGGGAAAGUCGACACGAGCAGAACAUUCAUGACUCAAAGUCUCCUGAGUGGUGCGAAGACUCCGGCAAUUUCCAAGGCCAGUACCAUGCCUGAGUCCGCGCCGGCAACGACCCCGAGAGUGCCUCGUCUCACUACUUCCCACUCCCAGUCGAACUCGCGAAAGCCCUACGAAAAUAACAUGGUACGUACGGAUGCARAGGAGAGAAAGAUUACGGCGAUGCUGCCUAAAGCGCAGCGUCCUUCUUCGCCCUCUCGCGAAACAGAUCAAGACGGACUCGAAUACGAGUAUUCAGAGCAGGUGGCUACCAUAUGUCGUCUGACCACCGUCAAGGAUCUUCGGGCCUCGGUGAGAGACAGCAUGCAUAACGGGUUGACAGACACCUUCGCCAAUCACACAUUUGUUGGCGUUGCUGACGAGAGCAAACGCAUCGCGGCGAUUCAGKGUGGGGUUCGAUUGUUCCUCGUCGACUACGGCAUGGUUUCUGCAGAGUUCUUCUAUCAAGUUGGUCUGACAGACUUUGCCAAUUUCGGCAUGAUGCGGUUCAAUCCACCUCUGGUACUUGAUGAGCUACUUCAACUCGGGGUUGAACAGGCGAGGGCGCUUGAGCCUGAUGGCGUCGCUUUCAAUGGCUGGGAUGACGCUUUGCUCGCGGUACGCGGCCAGCUCAUGUCGCGAAGAGGCAUGCUUGAGGAGUAUUUCGCGCUUGACAUCUCGGCGGAGGGGGAGCUGCUAGGCAUUCCCUUGUUGAUCAAAGGCUACAUGCCUUCGCUGGCCAAGUUGCCCAACUUCCUGCUGAGGCUAGGACCACACGUUGACUGGACGGAUGAGCAGGCCUGCUUCCAGAGCUUUCUGAGAGAGCUCGCCAGUUUCUAUGCGCCCGAGGCGCUACCACCGCCACCGCAGGGGGGCGAUGCAGAAGACGGGGACCUUGCCGUCCGAAGGAAACACCUUCAUUAUGCCGUCGAGAACGUCUUGUUUCCGGCCUUCAAAGCGAGGCUGGUGGCCACGAAAGCUUUACUGAAGGGCACCGUUGAAGUCGCAAAUCUGAAAGGUCUCUACCGCGUUUUCGAGCGCUGUUGA